GCACAGGCACUUCCGGUGCAGACCCAAAUCGUAAGCAACUGGGACGGAAGUGGGAAAUCCACUUCCUUCCCAGGACUUCACUUCCCAGAAAGCCUUGCGCGGGGGCGGAGGCGGCAGGGAUGCGAUGGCUGAAUCUCUGCCCUGGAGGCCAACGCAAGGUACAACAUCCCCGUGUCCUCUGCCUCCCUUCCGACCGUCAAGAGCCUGCGUCUCAGGGGCAUCUGCUGCCAUCAGCCUGACCAACCUGGAUGGCUCGCCGGCUUCACACCAGGUGCUGCAGUCUGUUGCCUACCACCUGGGCCUGCACUUGCAGAGCUUGUGCCUUGGUGGGGGCAGCCCCACAGAGGCCUCCUUCGUGGCCCUGAUCCUGGGCUGCCCGGCCCUGCGUUUCCUUGACCUCAGUGGCUGCAACAGCCUUUUCACGUCAGGCAUGCUGCUAGCUCAGCCCAAGACAGCACAGCGGGUCCAGCAGGCACUGAGCGGCCUCCGUGAGCUCAGUCUGGCUAGCCUGCGGGACCUGACCGAUCUCAGCUUCAACCGGCUCAGCAGUUGUGUCCUCAGCCUGGAGCGCCUCUCCUUGGCCUGCUGCCACCUCACCUUCGAGCCAGGCCCAGCCCAGGGCUCCAUCGGCCCCCAGGAUUCCUCCCCUUCCCAACUCUCCUUCCGCAACCUGCUGCAAUUCGUGAAGGAGCAGGCUGGUAGGCUGCACGCCCUGGGCCUGAGUGGCACUGGCUUGCCACCCGAGGCCCUGCAGGCCCUGGGCCAGGUGGCCGGGCUGCAACUGCAGGAGCUGAGCCUGCACAGCUGCCGGGACCUCUUCACAGAGGCUGUGGCCACCCUUUGCCACCAGCAACCAGGCCUUACCUUCCUGGACCUCAGCGGCUGCUCAGAACUGGCUGACGGGGCACUCUUGGCUGUGAGCCGGGGCCUGCGGCGUCUGUGGCACCUGAGCCUGAGGAAGCUGCAGCGGCUGACGGAUGCGAGGUGCUCAGCCCUAGGGGGCCUGCGGGAGCUGCAGAGCCUCGACAUGGCCGAGUGCAGCUUGGUGAGAGGGCGGGAAUCGGCCCAGGCCCUGGGCUUGGUGUGCGGAGCUCCACACCCACUGGCCUCCCUCAGCCUGGCCUACUGCUCCUCACUCAAGGACGCCUCAGUGCUCUCCCUGAUGCUAGCGCUGGGCCCAAGCCUCAGGGUGCUAGACUUAUCCUCCUGCGUGGCCCCCACCAACCGGACCGUGCAGGCCAUCUGCACCUACCUCACCCACCUGUCAGUCCCGCGCCUGGCCUGGUGCAAGGAGCUCCGUGACCAGGGGCUUCUGGGCUUGGGGCAACCAAGUGAGGAGACUCUGCAGGGGCCGCAGGCGUGGGACCCUCGAGGUCAUGGCGGGCGGGGCAGUCCCUGGGCUCAGCUGCCCUCCUGCCCCUCCUGCGCCUGUCUCUGGGAACAGCUGAAGGCCAAACUCAGGAGGAAUCUGGGAAGCAAGGGUUUCCUCUCACAGCCACCCCGAGAGGUGGGCAUCGGGCCUCCAGCUGCAAAAGGACCCUUCUCCCCGGCCACAGGGCCCGCCCUACUCACGCUGCAGGCCCUACGGGACUUGGACCUCACAGCCUGCAGCAAGCUGACUGAUGCCAGUUUGACCAAGGUGUGGGGCUGGGGAUGUGGAUAGGCUGAGGGCCCUGCGGCUGAAGCCAGCGGUCGGGGCCAACCCACUUUUUGCCUGGAAAAAGUCAUUUCUCAUUGGCUUCUGCUGCCCGUAGCCAUUCCUCUGGCUGGGGGUAGGGGAAGCUGGAAGGGCUCCAGCGCCACACCACCCGCCCCCCGCCAUCCUCACAGAUGC